AUGGCCACCCUCCCCUCGUUACUAUCACAAUACGAAAUCCUCGAAACCCUCACGACGCACAUCUGGGCUUCUGACCUCGAAGCCCUCGCUUUCACGUGCCGCGAAAUGCACACCUACAUCCGUGGCAGCGCGAAAGUGCACGCGCACCUGCGCAAAGCGACGCUCGCGUGUAAUGGCGUCAGCGGACGGGCGUGGAAGGAGGAGUGGCUCGCGGAUCCGGGAAGGAUGUUUGAAACGAGGGGUCGCGUCCUGGUCGAGCGGUUGCGGGUUUCGUAUCAAUCAAGCUGGAGGUGGUUUGCAUCGGAUCAGGAGAAGAAAGCGGUGAUGCGGAGGUGUCGGGAGGUGUUGUUGGAUGAGAUGAAGUGUACGGGUGAGACGGAGGGGGCCGAGGGGAGCAGGCCUUGUGUUGUCUGUCAGGAGCCGGUGUGUGAGAACUGCCGCUUCCGCAGCGCCAUUUACGCAGUCACCACCACCCCCCGAGGCACCACCAUUAGCCCGAGCUUCGCCGGAGAUUACAAGCAGAAAUUGGCCGCGCGAUGGGACGAAUUCUGCCGCGCGUGCGUCGACUUCACGAUAAAGGCGCGUCCGGACGGGAAGAAGGAGAAGUUGCCCAAAUGCUCGUGUUCCGUGCUGGAGGAGGGGGAGCCGUGGAUGUGCGCACCGUGCUACGGGAAGCAGCGCGCGGCUCGGCUGAGCGUGGCCCCGACGUGGUGUGAGGAAUUGGUGCCGACGACGAAGGGGUGUUUUGGGUUGAAGCGGUGCCUGCUGAAGUGUCGGUGGUGUCUUGGGUAUUAG